GAGUUGUGCUUCGCGACGGUUGGUGAUCUUAAAAGUGCUCCGAACACGAACAGUGCCCGCAGUCUCUCGGUUUUGGUGUUAUUUUUUGUGGCUCUGCAUCUGUAAUUGUAUCUGUAUCUCGAUCGGCUCCAACCCGCUGCAUCCGUAACUCUCUCCCCCUCCCAAGUGCGUGUGUGUGUGUGUGUGUGAGCGAGAGUGCUAAGCUUUUUGCUCACACGUCUAACGGUUGCCAAAGUGUGCGUAUUGGUGCCUUAACUUGAACCACGGGUCGCAUGUUCGUGUGCGUCUAAUAAAUAUAUUUAAAAAUAAGCAUUUCGACAUACCGUCGUGGAAAUUAUGUGACACACACCAGUCCAAAUACCAACAAGCACGUCCCAUUCAUUAGCGCGUUAAUAUUAAAAAGCCAUCCGAGUGCCAAAAGCAACGAAGCGAGCAAUAAUUGUGAUUAAUAACAACGAAACAAACGAAUUUCGACCGCAAAUUAGCCGCAUAAGGCCAUUCAAAUAGCAAUAGUCCAGCCAGGUGCACUACUCACGGCACCCAAACGGUGAUUACCUCAUCUGUGUCAGCGCUCCGCCAGCAAAAUGGUAUCAAAAAGCAAUAAAAAGAAACAAGUGUCUCAGCAGCAGCAAUCGCAGCCGCAGCAGCAGCAGCAGACGUCUACGUCGACGCCGCCAGCCACAUCGACCACAACAUCGACGUCGUCGUCGGAGGCCACGAAGCUUACCAAAAAAUUGGGUCCCGAUGCGUUCGCCACUCUGACCACCAGCAACAGCUCCAGUUCCAUGCAACACGAAUCGGUGACCUAUGGCGGUGAUCCUGUCGUUGCCAGCACUUCGGGUACUUCUCUGCCAGCGGCUGGAGUGAGGAGCUACAGCAGUCGGAGCCAGAGCAAGAGCAAGGCUUCCCAGUCGCAUUCCUCAUACACAGAGCAAUCUCAGUCCCAGCUGCAGUCCGAGCAGUACAGCAGCAAGAUCUCGCGGGAUUAUGCCAAUCAGAAGAUCAUAUCAUCGAUUGAUCUGCUCGAAAGUGAAAAGAAGGAUCCCGUAUUCUCGGUGCCCAUCGAAGUGGUGGAGAUCACAACGCCCACGCUUUCCAUCUCCGCCAGCGGGGGCAGUGUCUCGAAAAUGUUCACAUCCUCGUCGAUGUCUUCCAGCCAACAGCAACAGCAGGCCAGUAGCUCCAGCUCGUACUUCCAAGCCACAACCAGUUCCAGCCAGAGCGCCAACGAAACGCUGAUUGCCAGCGAGAGAGCCGAUACGGCUACCGGUAUGACAUCAUCCGUACCGAGGAAACAGGUUGGCUUCGAUACAGACACCAAGACAGUGACAAACGCCACCACCAGCAGCAGCAGCAACAUCAACAGCAGCAGCAGUACAAGCACAAACAUCAACAUCAACACCAGCGGCAGCCGCAGCAGCAGCAGCAAUUUGAGCGAAUCUCAGAGCGUGCCAAAGCUGCCAAUGAGCGGAACAGCUGAUGCUCCCGCAUCGGUGACGUCACAAGGCUACCCCGAACCGGUUGCCGCGUCGUCUGGCGCGACCACAACAAAGGCGACGUCAUCGACGCGACGCAACGAUAAACUAGAAGUGGCCAGUGCUAACACAGCUGUUGAUAGUGCUACGUCAUCGUCGUCGAUGGUCGACCAGAGGUCCAGCAAAGAGGUCAGCGAAAGUUCAGUGCUGAAGAGCUCCACCAGCAGCAAGCAAUCGAAGACUUCGUCCAAGAAGGAGGUGUAUGAUGUGAAGACCAAAACCUGGACAGAGUACUGCGAUGGCAGCUCUCAGGGACCCAGUAAGACACGGCCGACCUUCGAGCGGUAUGUCAGCAAGGAAUCCGAUGGCAGCUCCAAAGUAACGUACAAGAAGAAGAUAUACGACAGGCGCAACAAUCGGUGGCGCGUGGUAGACGAACGGACGGUGGACAGCACCGCCGACACGGGCUAUCCCGAAAUAGUCGAUGAUGUCAUUAACACAACAAGAACCACAUACACCACCAAGGUGUACGACACGAAGCUCGGCAAGUGGACUGUUGUGGACGAGAAGUCGUUCACUGAUACGAAAGCUUUUGUGCCCAAUGACAUUGCUCGUGAAAUCGAGAAAGAUAAUACCGAUGUUGCAAACAUAACGACUACAACGGAGGUGACGAAGAUUUUCGAUGCGAGCAUCAACGACUGGCGCGUUCUGGAUGAGAAGGUGCACACGGAUGUUAUUGAGAAGAUCGUAGAGGCUCCCAAAAAGACCAUUUACGUGGACGAGUUUGUGGAGAUUGAGAAGAACACUUCGAUUUCUGAGAACAACGAAAACAUAACCCUGAACUUGAAUGAGACAUCGAAACACAAAAAUAUUACCGAAAAUAUUUAUGAUGAAAUCGAUUAUGUGCGCACUGAUAAGCAACGCCUAAACGACUCAAGAACCCGAGGAGUUGUAAAAAACAAGUCAACAACACAUAGUGAAAGAUGCAUUUGUGAAAUCUGCACAUGCGGGCGACACCAUUGCUCAAGCAGUACAACGAAAUCUACAGAAAAUACUGUUAUUCAAACCGAUGUUCUUACAGAUAACGUUGACGAAGCAUAUACAAGGAUACGUACAAAUACAUGGUCGAAAAAAGAUAAUGGAAACAUUCCAAAGCAAAACGAAGACAUUCUAGUGGACUAUAUUGUCAUUAAGAAGCCGGAAGAUAACUUAAGACCAGAGGGAGACUUUAUUGUUCCUCCGAAGGAGCCAUACAAGCCGGGAGAAAAACGUGAAAAGAUUGUGCAUUCCGACAACCUUCGUACAGAAGGAGAAAUGACUUUUGUAGAGAGGGAGGAAUAUCAAUAUACCGUUCGUCCGGGCUAUGUUAAGCCCACAGAUAAUCUAAAGCCAGAAGGCGAGUUUUACAGUCCAGAAAAACCUAGGUACCAACCAGGAGAUCGGCCUUCUCAAGUGCGACACACAGAUAAUCUAAAGCCAGAAGGCGAAUUUUACACGCCGGAGAAACCGGGAUACGCUCCAGCCGAUCGCCCCAUACAAAAAAGGCCGGUGGAUAACCUCAAGCCAGAGGGCGAAUUCGCAUCCCCAGAAAAACCCAAAUACACCCCCGCUGAAAGACCUGAAAAAAUUAUAAGAAGUGAUAACUUGCGAACUGAAGGGGAAAUGACAUUUGUAGAGCGAGAGGAAUAUCAAUAUGUUUCACGACCGGGACAAGUCAAGCCAACGGAUAACUUAAGACCAGAGGGUCAAUUUUAUAGUCCUGAAAAGACAAGUUAUCGCCCUGGCGAACGUCCAUCUCAAGUGCGUCCAGUUGAUAACCUUAAACCAGAAGGUGAAUUUUAUACUCCCGAAAGACCAGGAUUUCAACCUGCGGAAAGGCCAGUUCAAAAGAAACCGGAUGACAAUCUUAAACCAGAAGGGGAAUUCGAAAGGCCAGAGAAACAAAUUUACAAGCCGGCCGAUAAAACUGAAAGAAUAAUUCGGACAGAUAAUCUUCGUACGGAAGGAGAAAUGGCAUUUGUAGAGAGAGAAGAAUAUCAAUAUGUGGAACGUCCUGACCAGGUUAAACCAUCGGACAAUCUUAAGCCAGAAGGAGAAUUCUACAGUCCUGAGAAACCUAAAUACAAGCCUGGUGAAAGACCUUCCCAGGUUAGGCCAGAAGAUAAUCUGAGACCAGAGGGCGAAUUCUACACACCGGAAAAGCCAGGAUUCAGGCCUGCUGAGAGGCCCGAGCAAAAGAAACCACAGGACAACCUUAAACCCGAGGGCGAAUUCUACAGUCCCGAAAAACCAAAGUACAAGCCCGGCGAAAGACCUUCCCAGGUUAGGCCAGAAGAUAAUCUGAGACCAGAAGGCGAAUUCUACACACCGGAAAAGCCAGGAUUCAGGCCUGCUGAGAGGCCACAGCAAAAAAAACCAUCGGACAAUCUUAAGCCUGAAGGAGAAUUCUACAGUCCCGAGAAACCAAAAUACAAACCUGGUGAAAGACCUUCCCAGGUUAGGCCAGAAGAUAAUCUGAGACCAGAGGGUGAAUUCUACACACCGGAAAAGCCAGGAUUCAGACCUGCUGAGAGGCCGGAACAAAAGAAACCACUGGACAAUCUUAAACCCGAGGGCGAAUUCUACAGUCCCGAGAAACCCGAGUACAAGCCCGGCGAAAGACCUUCCCAGGUUAGGCCAGAAGAUAACCUCAGACCAGAGGGUGAAUUCUACACACCGGAAAAGCCAGGAUUCAGGCCUGCUGAAAGACCAGUACAGAAAAAGCCACAGGACAACUUAAAGCCGGAAGGCGAAUUCGUGAAGCCUCAGAAACAAGUUUACAAGCCGGCCGAUAAAACUGAAAGAAUUAUUCGGAAAGAUAAUCUUCGUACGGAAGGAGAAAUGACGUUUGUAGAGAGGGAAGAAUAUCAAUAUGUGGUACGUCCGGAUCAGGUUAAACCAUCGGACAAUCUUAAGCCAGAAGGAGAAUUCUACAGUCCUGAGAAACCUAAAUACAAGCCUGGUGAAAGACCUUCCCAGGUUAGGCCAGAAGAUAAUCUGAGACCAGAGGGCGAAUUCUACACACCUGAAAAGCCAGGAUUCAGGCCUGCUGAGAGGCCCGAGCAAAAGAAACCAGAGGACAACCUUAAACCCGAGGGCGAAUUCUACAGUCCCGAAAAACCAAAGUACAAGCCCGGCGAAAGACCUUCCCAGGUUAGGCCAGAAGAUAAUCUGAGACCAGAAGGCGAAUUCUACACACCGGAAAAGCCAGGAUUCAGGCCUGCUGAGAGGCCGGAACAAAAGAAACCACAGGACAAUCUUAAACCCGAGGGCGAAUUCUACAGUCCCGAGAAACCCAAGUACAAGCCCGGCGAAAGACCUUCCCAGGUUAGGCCAGAAGAUAACCUCAGACCAGAGGGUGAAUUCUACACACCGGAAAAGCCAGGAUUCAGGCCUGCUGAAAGACCAGUACAGAAAAAGCCACAGGACAACUUAAAGCCGGAAGGCGAAUUCGUGAAGCCUGAGAAACAAGUUUACAAGCCGGCCGAUAAAACUGAAAGAAUUAUUCGGAAAGAUAAUCUUCGUACGGAAGGAGAAAUGACGUUUGUAGAGAGGGAAGAAUAUCAAUAUGUGGUACGUCCGGAUCAGGUUAAACCAUCGGACAAUCUUAAGCCAGAAGGAGAAUUCUACAGUCCUGAGAAACCUAAAUACAAGCCUGGUGAAAGACCUUCCCAGGUUAGGCCAGAAGAUAAUCUGAGACCAGAAGGCGAAUUCUACACACCGGAAAAACCAGGAUUCAGGCCUGCUGAAAGACCAGUACAGAAAAAGCCACAGGACAACCUUAAGCCGGAAGGCGAAUUCGUGAAGCCUGAGAAACAAGUUUACAAGCCGGCCGAUAAAACUGAAAGAAUUAUUCGGAAAGAUAAUCUUCGUACGGAAGGAGAAAUGACGUUUGUAGAGAAGGAAGAAUAUCAAUAUGUGGUACGUCCGGAUCAGGUUAAACCAUCGGACAAUCUUAAGCCAGAAGGAGAAUUCUACAGUCCUGAGAAACCUAAAUACAAGCCUGGUGAAAGACCUUCCCAGGUUAGGCCAGAAGAUAAUCUGAGACCAGAAGGCGAAUUCUACACACCGGAAAAGCCAGGAUUCAGGCCUGCUGAGAGGCCAGAGCAAAAGAAACCAGAGGACAACCUUAAACCCGAGGGCGAAUUCUACAGUCCCGAAAAACCAAAGUACAAGCCCGGCGAAAGACCUUCCCAGGUUAGGCCAGAAGAUAAUCUGAGACCAGAAGGCGAAUUCUACACACCGGAAAAGCCAGGAUUCAGGCCUGCUGAGAGGCCCGAGCAAAAGAAACCACAGGACAACCUUAAACCCGAGGGCGAAUUCUACAGUCCCGAAAAACCAAAGUACAAGCCCGGCGAAAGACCUUCCCAGGUUAGGCCAGAAGAUAAUCUGAGACCAGAAGGCGAAUUCUACACACCGGAAAAGCCAGGAUUCAGGCCUGCUGAGAGGCCCGAGCAAAAGAAACCACAGGACAACCUUAAACCCGAGGGCGAAUUCUACAGUCCCGAAAAACCAAAGUACAAGCCCGGCGAAAGACCUUCCCAGGUUAGGCCAGAAGAUAAUCUAAGACCAGAAGGCGAAUUCUAUACACCGGAAAAACCAGGAUUCAGGCCUGCUGAAAGACCAGUACAGAAAAAGCCACAGGACAACUUAAAGCCGGAAGGCGAAUUCGUGAAGCCUGAGAAACAAGUUUACAAGCCGGCCGAUAAAACUGAAAGAAUUAUUCGGAAAGAUAAUCUUCGUACGGAAGGAGAAAUGACGUUUGUAGAGAGGGAAGAAUAUCAAUAUGUGGUACGUCCGGAUCAGGUUAAACCAUCGGACAAUCUUAAGCCAGAAGGAGAAUUCUAUAGUCCCGAGAAACCUAAAUACAAGCCUGGCGAGAGACCUUCCCAGGUUAGGCCAGAAGAUAAUCUGAGACCAGAGGGCGAAUUCUACACACCGGAAAAGCCAGGAUUCAGGCCUGCUGAGAGGCCCGAGCAAAAGAAACCACAGGACAACCUUAAACUCGAGGGCGAAUUCUACAGUCCCGAAAAACCAAAGUACAAGCCCGGCGAAAGACCUUCCCAGGUUAGGCCAGAAGAUAAUCUGAGACCAGAAGGCGAAUUCUACACACCGGAAAAGCCAGGAUUCAGGCCUGCUGAGAGGCCAGAGCAAAAGAAACCAGAGGACAACCUUAAACCCGAGGGCGAAUUCUACAGUCCCGAAAAACCAAAGUACAAGCCCGGCGAAAGACCUUCCCAGGUUAGGCCAGAAGAUAAUCUGAGACCAGAAGGCGAAUUCUACACACCGGAAAAGCCAGGAUUCAGGCCUGCUGAGAGGCCAGAGCAAAAGAAACCAGAGGACAACCUUAAACCCGAGGGCGAAUUCUACAGUCCCGAAAAACCAAAGUACAAGCCCGGCGAAAGACCUUCCCAGGUUAGGCCAGAAGAUAAUCUGAGACCAGAAGGCGAAUUCUACACACCGGAAAAGCCAGGAUUCAGGCCUGCUGAGAGGCCGGAACAAAAGAAACCACAGGACAAUCUUAAACCCGAGGGCGAAUUCUACAGUCCCGAGAAACCCAAGUACAAGCCCGGCGAAAGACCUUCCCAGGUUAGGCCAGAAGAUAACCUCAGACCAGAGGGUGAAUUCUACACACCGGAAAAGCCAGGAUUCAGGCCUGCUGAAAGACCAGUACAGAAAAAGCCACAGGACAACUUAAAGCCGGAAGGCGAAUUCGUGAAGCCUGAGAAACAAGUUUACAAGCCGGCCGAUAAAACUGAAAGAAUUAUUCGGAAAGAUAAUCUUCGUACGGAAGGAGAAAUGACGUUUGUAGAGAGGGAAGAAUAUCAAUAUGUGGUACGUCCGGAUCAGGUUAAACCAUCGGACAAUCUUAAGCCAGAAGGAGAAUUCUAUAGUCCCGAGAAACCUAAAUACAAGCCUGGCGAGAGACCUUCCCAGGUUAGGCCAGAAGAUAAUCUGAGACCAGAGGGCGAAUUCUACACACCGGAAAAGCCAGGAUUCAGGCCUGCUGAGAGGCCCGAGCAAAAGAAACCACAGGACAACCUUAAACCCGAGGGCGAAUUCUACAGUCCCGAAAAACCAAAGUACAAGCCCGGCGAAAGACCUUCCCAGGUUAGGCCAGAAGAUAAUCUGAGACCAGAAGGCGAAUUCUACACACCGGAAAAGCCAGGAUUCAGGCCUGCUGAGAGGCCAGAGCAAAAGAAACCAGAGGACAACCUUAAACCCGAGGGCGAAUUCUACAGUCCCGAAAAACCAAAGUACAAGCCCGGCGAAAGACCUUCCCAGGUUAGGCCAGAAGAUAAUCUGAGACCAGAAGGCGAAUUCUACACACCGGAAAAGCCAGGAUUCAGGCCUGCUGAGAGGCCAGAGCAAAAGAAACCAGAGGACAACCUUAAACCCGAGGGCGAAUUCUACAGUCCCGAAAAACCAAAGUACAAGCCCGGCGAAAGACCUUCCCAGGUUAGGCCAGAAGAUAAUCUGAGACCAGAAGGCGAAUUCUACACACCGGAAAAGCCAGGAUUCAGGCCUGCUGAGAGGCCGGAACAAAAGAAACCACAGGACAAUCUUAAACCCGAGGGCGAAUUCUACAGUCCCGAGAAACCCAAGUACAAGCCCGGCGAAAGACCUUCCCAGGUUAGGCCAGAAGAUAACCUCAGACCAGAGGGUGAAUUCUACACACCGGAAAAGCCAGGAUUCAGGCCUGCUGAAAGACCAGUACAGAAAAAGCCACAGGACAACUUAAAGCCGGAAGGCGAAUUCGUGAAGCCUGAGAAACAAGUUUACAAGCCGGCCGAUAAAACUGAAAGAAUUAUUCGGAAAGAUAAUCUUCGUACGGAAGGAGAAAUGACGUUUGUAGAGAGGGAAGAAUAUCAAUAUGUGGUACGUCCGGAUCAGGUUAAACCAUCGGACAAUCUUAAGCCAGAAGGAGAAUUCUAUAGUCCCGAGAAACCUAAAUACAAGCCUGGCGAGAGACCUUCCCAGGUUAGGCCAGAAGAUAAUCUGAGACCAGAGGGCGAAUUCUACACACCGGAAAAGCCAGGAUUCAAGCCUGCUGAGAGGCCCGAGCAAAAGAAACCACAGGACAACCUUAAACCCGAGGGCGAAUUCUACAGUCCCGAAAAACCAAAGUACAAGCCCGGCGAAAGACCUUCCCAGGUUAGGCCAGAAGAUAAUCUGAGACCAGAAGGCGAAUUCUACACACCGGAAAAGCCAGGAUUCAGGCCUGCUGAGAGGCCGGAACAAAAGAAACCACAGGACAAUCUUAAACCCGAGGGCGAAUUCUACAGUCCAGAGAAGCCUAAGUACAAGCCCGGCGAAAGACCUUCUCAGGUUAGGCCAGAAGAUAAUCUAAGACCAGAAGGCGAAUUCUACACACCGGAAAAACCAGGAUUCAGGCCUGCUGAAAGACCAGUACAGAAAAAGCCACAGGACACUUUAAAGCCGGAAGGCGAAUUCGUGAAGCCUGAGAAACAAGUUUACAAGCCGGCCGAUAAAACUGAAAGAAUUAUUCGGAAAGAUAAUCUUCGUACGGAAGGAGAAAUGACGUUUGUAGAGAGGGAAGAAUAUCAAUAUGUGGUACGUCCUGAUCAGGUUAAACCAUCGGACAAUCUUAAGCCAGAAGGAGAAUUCUAUAGUCCCGAGAAACCUAAAUACAAGCCUGGCGAGAGACCUUCCCAGGUUAGGCCAGAAGAUAAUCUGAGACCAGAAGGCGAAUUCUACACACCGGAAAAGCCAGGAUUCAGACCUGCUGAGAGGCCGGAACAAAAGAAACCACAGGACAACCUUAAACCCGAGGGCGAAUUCUACAGUCCAGAGAAGCCUAAGUAUAAGCCCGGCGAAAGACCUUCUCAGGUUAGGCCAGAAGAUAAUCUAAGACCAGAAGGCGAAUUCUACACACCGGAAAAACCAGGAUUCAGGCCUGCUGAAAGACCAGUACAGAAAAAACCACAGGACAACUUAAAGCCGGAAGGCGAAUUCGUGAAGCCUGAGAAACAAGUUUACAAGCCGGCCGAUAAAACUGAAAGAAUUAUUCGGAAAGAUAAUCUUCGUACGGAAGGAGAAAUGACGUUUGUAGAGAGGGAAGAAUAUCAAUAUGUGGUACGUCCUGAUCAGGUUAAACCAUCGGACAAUCUUAAGCCAGAAGGAGAAUUCUACAGUCCUGAGAAACCUAAAUACAAGCCUGGUGAAAGACCUUCCCAGGUUAGGCCAGAAGAUAAUCUGAGACCAGAAGGCGAAUUCUACACACCGGAAAAGCCAGGAUUUAGACCUGCUGAGAGGCCGGAACAAAAGAAACCACAGGACAACCUUAAACCCGAGGGCGAAUUCUACAGUCCAGAGAAGCCUAAGUACAAGCCCGGCGAAAGACCUUCUCAGGUUAGGCCAGAAGAUAAUCUAAGACCAGAAGGCGAAUUCUACACACCGGAAAAACCAGGAUUCAGGCCUGCUGAAAGACCAGUACAGAAAAAGCCACAGGACAACUUAAAGCCGGAAGGCGAAUUCGUGAAGCCUGAGAAACAAGUUUACAAGCCGGCCGAUAAAACUGAAAGAAUUAUUCAGAAAGAUAAUCUUCGUACGGAAGGAGAAAUGACGUUUGUAGAGAGGGAAGAAUAUCAAUAUGUGGUACGUCCUGAUCAGGUUAAACCAUCAGACAAUCUUAAGCCAGAAGGAGAAUUCUAUAGUCCCGAGAAACCUAAAUACAAGCCUGGUGAGAGACCUUCCCAGGUUAGGCCAGAAGAUAAUCUGAGACCAGAAGGCGAAUUCUACACACCGGAAAAGCCAGGAUUCAGGCCUGCUGAGAGGCCCGAGCAAAAGAAACCACAGGACAACCUUAAACCCGAGGGCGAAUUCUACAGUCCCAAAAAACCAAAGUACAAGCCCGGCGAAAGACCUUCCCAGGUUAGGCCAGAAGAUAAUCUGAGACCAGAGGGCGAAUUCUACACACCGGAAAAGACAGGAUUUAGACCUGCUGAGAGGCCGGAACAAAAGAAACCACAGGACAACCUUAAACCCGAGGGCGAAUUCUACAGUCCCGAGAAAUCCAAGUACAAGCCCGGCGAAAGACCUUCCCAGGUUAGGCCAGAAGAUAACCUCAGACCAGAGGGUGAAUUCUACACACCGGAAAAGCCAGGAUUCAGGCCUGCUGAAAGACCAGUACAGAAAAAGCCACAGGACAACCUUAAGCCGGAAGGCGAAUUCGUGAAGCCUGAGAAACAAGUUUACAAGCCGGCCGAUAAAACUGAAAGAAUUAUUCGGAAAGAUAAUCUUCGUACGGAAGGAGAAAUGACGUUUGUAGAGAGGGAAGAAUAUCAAUAUGUGGUACGUCCGGAUCAGGUUAAACCAUCGGACAAUCUUAAGCCUGAAGGAGAAUUCUACAGUCCCGAGAAACCUAAAUACAAACCUGGUGAAAGACCUUCCCAGGUUAGGCCAGAAGAUAAUCUGAGACCAGAGGGUGAAUUCUACACACCGGAAAAGCCAGGAUUCAGGCCUGCUGAGAGGCCGGAACAAAAGAAACCACAGGACAAUCUUAAGCCCGAGGGCGAAUUCUACAGUCCCGAGAAAUCAAAGUACAAGCCCGGCGAAAGACCUUCCCAGGUUAGGCCAGAAGAUAACCUCAGACCAGAGGGUGAAUUCUACACACCGGAAAAGCCAGGAUUCAGGCCUGCUGAAAGACCAGUACAGAAAAAGCCACAGGACAACCUUAAGCCGGAAGGCGAAUUCGUGAAGCCUGAGAAACAAGUUUACAAGCCGGCCGAUAAAACUGAAAGAAUUAUUCGGAAAGAUAAUCUUCGUACGGAAGGAGAAAUGACGUUUGUAGAGAGGGAAGAAUAUCAAUAUGUGGUACGUCCGGAUCAGGUUAAACCAUCGGACAAUCUUAAGCCAGAAGGAGAAUUCUACAGUCCUGAGAAACCUAAAUACAAGCCUGGUGAAAGACCUUCCCAGGUUAGGCCAGAAGAUAAUCUGAGACCAGAGGGUGAAUUCUACACACCGGAAAAGCCAGGAUUCAAGCCUGCUGAGAGGCCGGAACAAAAGAAACCACAGGACAACCUUAAACCCGAGGGUGAAUUCUACAAUCCCGAGAAACCUAAAUACAAGCCUGGUGAGAGACCUUCUCAGGUGAGGCCAGAAGAUAAUCUGAGACCAGAGGGUGAAUUCUACACACCGGAAAAGCCAGGAUUUAGACCUGCUGAACGACCUAAACAGAAAAAACCUCAUGAUCAUUUAAAACCAGAGGGCGAUAUGGUUAUACCAGAAAAGGAAAAAUAUAAGCCUGCCGAUAAAGUAACAAGAGUUAUUCAUAAGGACAACCUUCGCAGUGAAGGAGAAAUGACUUUCACGGAAAAAACUGAGUAUCACCAUAUCGUUAGACCCACCCCAGUGAAGCCUGAAGAUAACCUGCGAACCUCUGGUAAGUUUUACGUCCCUGAAAAGACCGCUCAUACCAAUGGUGAACGUCCCGAGCCGGUUAAGCCUAAGGACAAUUUGAAACCAGAAGGUAUAAUGUAUACCCCGGAAAAACCGAAAUAUGAGCCCGCUUCGCGUCCAGAACAGAAGAAAUAUGCCGACAACUUGAAACCUGAAGGUAAGAUGCACAUUCCCGAAAAGGAUGGGUACCGGCCUGCCGAUAAGGUGAAGACGGUUAUUAGAAAAGAUAAUUUAAGAACCGAGGGAGAAAUGACAUUCACCCAGAAGGAGGAAUACCAUCAUGUUAAACGGCCGGAGCAAGUAAAGCCAAGUGAUAACCUAAAAGUCGAAGGUGAAUUCUAUACACCCAAUAAAACCGCCUUUAGGCCUGCUGAGCGACCAAUUCAAAAGAGACCAAAAGACAAUCUUAAGUCUGAAGGAGAAUUUUAUAAGAGAACAGACCGAAGCGAGACCGAUAGCAAGAUCGUUACAGAAACCGUUAAGCGAGAAACGCCAAAACGUCCUGUUGACAAUCUAAAGCUAGAAGGGUCUAUGACCGUAACCAGAAGAGAUGACUAUAGAAAUACGGCCAAAACAACGGUUGAGAAAGUGCAACGUACUCAAAAAAUUAACCACAACAGUUCAUCAAUUACCUUGGGUAGUGAUACUACAAUCCGAAAAACUACAAAUCAGAUGAACUAUGUGUCUGGCAAGGACGCUGUCAAACAAGUCGAUUCGAAUAGUCAAAACCCGGUUGACGGUCUCAUUGUUGUAUCAACAACAAAAGUAACUACUGUCAUAGGAGGGCGUCAUAAGAAGGAACCAGAAACCGAGUAUGUCAAGAGGCCGGCAAAGGUAAACGUUAUAGAAAAUGUUGCCAAGAAUACUACUACGACAAACAUCGAAAACACUCAAAACAUUCAUAAAGAAUCGACGUCUUUGCAAAGAAAUCAGAACGUCAUAAAAAGUUCUGCCUUAACUACGGAAAGCAUCACGGGUACGGAUUUAUCCAGUACCGCGGUUGAAUCUAGUCGUAGACAUUUAACCGAUAGGAACACUGGCGACAUAAGCUCAAGAGUUAUUUCCAGUGGAUCAGUAUCUAAUAACGUAACUGGAGAAUCAUCGUCUCGCGUGAUUUCAGGCAGAAAUGUUACUAAUAACAUGACUGAGAACUCGACUUCCCGAGUGGUGUCAGGAAGAAAUGUAUCCAGUGAUGCAAUAGGCGAAACCACCACUCGUAUUGUAUCCGGAAGAUCUGCCUCCAAUAACAUUAUCGGCGAUACAACAAGCCGUGUUCUGCCUGGCAGCACAGUGGGACAUAACAUCAGCGAAGAUUCAACAUCGCGAACGGUCUCAGGGGGUAGAACUUCCACCAACAACAUUGUGACUGGAAGCACAUCCUCGCAUAUGACCACUUCAAAGCACUUCCAUCACCGAAAGAGUGAAUUCUCCUCAGAAGCCGAUGUCUCCAACACGGUCUUCCAUCGCAAAAACAUAACCACCGAUUCGAAUGCGGCCAAUGGCAGCCUAACGUCCAAUGGAAAGAUGCAGCGCAAGAGCAUACUGAAUCUACACGAGCAGCCCUCGAGCACCACCACCUAUGGUGGAGAGCGUCAGAGUUACAGCAGCAUCCAUCGCCAAAACCGGGACUCUGACGCUAAUGCAACUUUUACGACCGAGCGUCGUACCUGCAACGUACACAAAGAGAACAGGGAGCACAACGUGAAGAACUCAUCCUCAAUGACCCGCAUAAUUUCUGGUGGGGCCACCGGUUCGAAUGCCGAACGGUCAACGGUGGCACGCAGCCAAGUUUCGGGUGGUGGCGGCAUUGAUUUUUCGUCUCAAUCUCAUUCCCACAGCGGAAGCCAUACCAGCCGUCACCGAGGAAAUCAGCAGGUGUCCAGCUUAGGCGGUGGCAUCGAUUUUCCCUCCUACAGUGCACAUGGCCACACGGAGCGUGUGGUCACCCGGCGAGGAAAUCAGUCCUCAAUUAGUCUGGGCAAUGAAAAGUUCACCGGCUCCAGUUUGUACAAGAGCGAAUACAUAACUGCCCCAAAAACGACGUGUGCUGUGCAUAAGAUUAAACAAGGUGCAUUCCAACAUACAAGGAGUACUCAAGAACACAAGUUCUUCAAGACCUCAAACUAAUAUAGCCCGACUACGAGUAUAUACAUAUCCUUUGCUUUACUAAUACAGAUAUCCCAUAUUAAUGAUAGGCUAAGCUUCCAUGACAAUAUACGUUUUAUACAAUAUACAAACCAAUCCGAAAAUGAAGAUUAACAAUAAAGACAACAUUCUUGAAUCGA